AAAUUACAGUAUAAAUAUAUAUAAACUUUUUCCCUUUUUUCUCUUUCAAAUAUCCCUUCUUAUUUUUCUCAUUGGUUCUCUAUCUAUUCACAUCAGAUAAGAGAUCGUGAGGAUUUAGUGUUAUGGCUUCCACCAUUGUAAAUAUUCCUUCUACGGUUCCUUCAGUUAAAGGUUUUGAGAAUCAAAACUAUGUUGGUCUUAGACCAAUCUCUAGUUUAAAGUUCAAUUCGGCUAGAACUUCAAUCUUUGGACGUUCUGGGCCCCUUUUUGUGGCGAGAGCGUGCAAAAAGUUUGAUGGAUAUGUGAAAAAGGCUGAAAUGAGUAUCGAAGAAUGCGAGGCUGCUGUUGUAGCUGGGAAUGCACCUGAAGCUCCUCCAGUGCCCCCUAAGCCAGCUGCUCCUGUUGGGACUCCCGUCAUUCAACCUUAUCAACUUACCAGGCGCCCUCGUCGUAACCGCAAGUCCCCUGCAUUGAGAGCAUCAUUCCAGGAAACAAGUAUAUCUCCAGCAAAUUUUGUAUAUCCACUUUUUAUUCAUGAAGGUCAGGAGGACACACCCAUUGGAGCUAUGCCAGGAUGUUAUAGGCUUGGAUGGAGACAUGGACUUGUUGAAGAGGUGGCGAGGGCCCGGGAUGUUGGCGUUAAUAGUAUUGUGCUCUUCCCCAAAGUUCCAGAUGCGCUAAAGUGUCCGACAGGAGACGAAGCCUACAAUGACAAUGGUUUAGUACCUCGAACAAUUCGUCUGCUUAAGGACAAAUUUCCUGACCUUGUUAUCUAUACGGAUGUUGCUUUAGAUCCAUAUUCCUCAGAUGGUCAUGAUGGUAUCGUCAGAGAAGAUGGAGUUAUAAUGAAUGAUGAGACGGUGCAUCAAUUAUGCAAGCAAGCUGUGUCCCAGGCCCGAGCUGGAGCUGAUGUUGUCAGUCCCAGCGAUAUGAUGGAUGGACGUGUGGGAGCUAUUCGUGCUGCCCUUGACUCUGAAGGCUUCCACCAUGUUUCUAUCAUGUCCUAUACUGCAAAAUAUGCAAGUUCAUUUUAUGGUCCUUUUCGAGAAGCACUGGACUCUAAUCCAAGAUUUGGAGACAAAAAAACGUAUCAGAUGAACCCUGCAAAUUAUAGAGAAGCACUAGUUGAAGCUCAUGAAGAUGAGGCUGAAGGAGCUGACAUUCUUUUGGUCAAACCCGGUCUCCCUUAUUUGGAUAUCAUAAGACUGCUCAGGAAUCAAUCUCCUUUGCCUAUUGCUGCAUACCAGGUUUCUGGCGAAUACUCCAUUAUCAAGGCUGGUGGUGUUCUCAAAAUGAUUGAUGAAGAAAGGGUCAUGAUGGAAUCCUUGAUGUGCCUACGCCGGGCCGGUGCCGACAUUAUCCUUACAUAUUUCGCUCUACAAGCUGCAAGGUGUUUAUGUGGUGAGAAGAAGUUAACUUAGUCUGUUUUUCCUUUUACGAGGCAUUGGUUGAUUCUGCAAUAAAAGCUCAAGACUCUAAACCUUCCAUUUGAGAAUGCUAGAUGUUAGAACGAGCCGGAGUUGUUGUAGAAUGCUCAACUUAGAAGUUUGUAGUCCAUGCCCCCAUAGAACCUCGAGUAAAUAAAAUUAGAACACCAUCGAGGUAUAUUGAAUCUAAAAUAAAUUGAAUUUUGGGAUGAUAA